AUGUCUGUCCAGGUGGGUGAGAAGGCCCGUCUGUCAGGACAUGAAUCAGCCAAUCUAGAGCAGAGGAGGGGAGGUAAGAGAGAAGCUGUGAAGAGAGAUGCAGAGAAAGAGAAUGCGAAAAGCGGCGUGAGGUAUGGUGCAUCCGAAACCAUCGAGUGCAGUGGGGAGGAUCAUGUCCUCGUCAGAGAGGAUGAUGUUCUCUUGAAGUACGAAGGCGAUGAGCCUUCGCUGGAGCAGGUCUCCAUGCCCCGGGGCAAGGUUCUAGUGAAGCUGUUGGCGAAAGAGGAGGAGACCUCCUUCGGCUUGCUCCUUUCGAAGGAGGCCUCCAAACAGACCACGACCGCGGGCAAGGUGAUUGCUGUCGGCCCUGGCAUCGUUCUGGCCAACGGGGACGAGCAGCCCUCGCCUGUGCAGGUGGGUGACAUGGUCCGCUUUCGCUACGGGGACGAGGUCGACUUGGAUAUCGGCGAUGACCAAUUUUCCGUUGUCAGCAGCUCCAAUUGCAUCGCGAAAUGGCAGGAUGCUUGA